AUGUUUUGCAUCGUUUCUGGGUUUAAAGUUUUUUGUCUGUCUCUCUUGUUCGUAGUUGUAGCAAGUCGACCAACCGUUGGGACGAAGGUUUUCAACAUCCAACAUUAUGGUGCUAAACACGACGGCAAAACUGAUAAUGCCAAUGUGUUCACAAAUGUGUGGAAAAAUGCAUGUUCAAGAGGUGAGAAUAGUAAGAUCUAUGUACCAAAAGGAACAUACUAUCUCAGUGGUGUAAAAUUCGUACGACCAUGCAAAAAUAAAAUCGAGUUCGUCAUCGAUGGAACUUUAUUGGCUCCUUCAAACCCUAACAACAUUAAACAGGACACAUGGAUCAAUUUCAGAUACAUCAAUAAUCUCUCUAUUUCUGGCAAAGGAACACUCGACGGUCAAGGAAAAUACUCUUGGCCACUCAAUGACUGCCAUAAGAACACGAAUUGUCCUAAACUUGCUAUGACCAUAGGGUUUGCAUUUGUAAAUGACUCAGGUAUCGAAGGGAUAACAUCACUCAACAGUAAAAUGGGGCAUUUCAACUUCUUUUCCGUCCAUAAUUUCAACAUCACCGGAGUCACUAUAACAGCUCCUGAAGAUAGCCCUAACACCGAUGGAAUCAAAAUGGGUUUCUCAAGCAACAUGCACAUUUCGAAUACUCACAUAGGCACUGGAGAUUAUUGUAUCGCCAUCCUCUCUGGAACAAGUGACCUUGAUAUCUCUAACGUCACUUGUGGCCCUAGACAUGGGAUUAGUGUCGGAAGCUUGGGAAAGAACAAAGAUGAAAAAGACGUGAAGGGAUUAACGGUAAGGGAUAUAGUUUUUAAUGGCACGAGUGAUGGUAUUAGGAUCAAGACAUGGGAAUCUUCGGCUUCAAAGAUCCUUGUUUCAAACUUUGUUUACCAGAAUAUCAAGAUGAUUGAUGUUGGAAAACCGAUCAAUAUCGAUCAAAAAUAUUGCCCUCAUCCGCCGUGCGAGAAGAAGGGAGAGUCUCAUGUUCAGAUCCGAGACUUGAAGUUAAAAAACAUAUAUGGAACGUCAAAGAACAAAGUGGCAGUGAAUCUACAAUGUAGCAAGAGCUUUCCUUGCAAAAACGUUCAGUUAAUUGACAUUAACUUAAAACACAAUGGAAGACGUGAAGACGGUCCUGCGACUGCGGUGUGCCAAAAUGUCGACGGUUCUGCACGUGGCAAAAUGGUUCCUCAGCAUUGUCUGGAUUGA